AUGAAUGAAAUCAUAUUCUGCAGUGUGUGUUUGUGUUUUUCAGACAGGAAGAGGAAGUGUGUUCCAGUGGUGGGCAGUAAAGCCAAGGGUAAAGAGCGUCUGACGGGGCGAGCGAGGAGGUGGGAUGCUAAAGAGCAGGAGGAGCAUUUACAGGUGCAUCCAGAGAGUAGUUUGCAGGAGUUUUUAGAGGAACUCGACGCUCUUUGUGCUCCUGAGGUGGAGAACGUCAAUACAGAGACUGACAUUGAAAACACAAAGCCACGUGCAUGUAAAGAAGUCAAGACCCUCGAUGGGACGGCAGAGCAGAACGAACGUGUUUCUACAGAAUCCGCUCUCAAGGGCAUUGAGAAAAAGGUCCGGUUUUCUGAAAACAGCGACAAGAAUGGCACAGAAACGACUUCACAGGUCAAGAACGGCCCUGUAGAAGACGACAGACAAACACUGGCGAGAGACGACAGCGAAUGUGUCCCAGAGGAGAUUAAACUGGAAGAACCGGACAAGAACCCACACAGCAAGAGCUACUCAAACAGAGGGAACGAGGAGCUGAUGGACUCGAGUCUGUCUGUCCUGGAGCUGGAUCCGGCCGAGUCUCUUCCCGUCCGCAGCUCCAGCGCUGAUGUGGCCAGAGAGAACGGGAAAGUGGUUUAGAUGGGAAAUGAUGUCAUUCACAUCUGGCUAAAACCAAAACAAAGCGCAGACCGAACCCAUCACUUGCUUUAGUUUCUGUCUGAUUGUGUUUGGAGUAUUUGUUUCAUUGGAUGCAGAACGCUGAAAGCACUGGUUGUGAUUGUUCUGCUUUAGUUUAUCUUCUUUAAGAUUGUUAAUGCUUCAGCGCACACUAAACCCAAAGCUCGGAUGGAUUUCAGUCUGAACGCACUACAAACGACUUGAAUGUGUAACUUUAGUGGAACAAACCCAUAGACACAGUGUGUAUUUAGACUUAACCAGUGCACUAACUGACUUAACCUAGUCUAGUACUCAUAUAAGCCUCAUAUAAUAUUCUUCAUAAGCACAUGUGUCGUGGGGUUUAGUGUGGAUGUUAACCAGGAUGGUUCAAGUAUGUUAAUUAGCACUUUAUUUUGAAAGAGUGAACUGAAAAGUAUUAAACCAGUUGUUUGCUUUUGCAAUCUGAUUAAAAAUGAAGGACUGUUAAGGUCUAAAUUGUUUAGUUUUACAAAAGGCCACAGAAUGUUUACGACAUAAACGUGUUUUAGUUACAGGUUUAUUUGAACCUGCUAGUUUAGCACUCGGUAGUUUAUUAUAAACAGCAAUAAAUUAUGAUCGUGCUGAUGUUCAUCUUCAUAA